AUGGAGGAGCUGAGGGGCGGCAGGUUGCCCAGGCAAAGCUCUCCUCCUGCCAUGGCGCAGCGCCUCGCGCCCCUGCUAGUCCUGCUCUUGGCUGGGCGCUGUGUCCUGGGGGAACAGGGGAUGGCCGACUUCCAAGAAUGCAAGCAGAAAUUAAACGUGUCGGUGCUGGGGGCGUUGCCGGGCUCUGGCUGGGACAACCUGCGCAACGUCGAGCUGGAGCUGGUGCUGAAGCGAGACUAUUCUCAGUGCCUCACCACCGAGGACGGCGAGUACCUCAUCCCAGACCACACGCAGGUGAUGCCGUGGCGGGAGAGCAUCGUGGAGACCCGCGCCAAGCUCAUUGACCACUGGGUCAACUACACAGACUCCUGGGCGGCCUCCAUCAACAAUGAGGUCUCCUUCCUCUCCAUCCUCAACGGUAAGUUCUCCUUCAGUUGCCAGAAGGUCAAGAAGUACAACCUGGAGCACCAGACGUUAACAAGCAGGGUGGAGGUCCGCCACAACAUCUACUCUGUGAAGGCCUCAGAGAACACUGAAUUCCAGCCCAUCUUUCGGCAGCAUCUCCUGACCAUCAGCGACCACCUGGAGAACAAUCAGACCCGCGAGGCCGAGUACCUGGCGGAGAUGCUUGUGGUUAGGUAUGGCACACACGUCCUCACCAAGGUGGAGGCCGGGGCUACCUUGGUGCAGGAGGACCAGCUGAAGCGGGAGCUGGUGGGCAGUAACACCCAAGAUAGGAUCAACAUCACGUUCGCCGCCUCGGCCUUGUUCUUUAAAAAGGUUAAAGUGGGAACCGGGGUAUCCUGGCAGGCGGAGAACCAGCUCCUUGACAACUACCUGCGCCACACGGUGGCCUCCGAGACGCGCAGCCACGGCGGCGUGCCCUUCUACCCGGGCAUCACCUUGGAGAAGUGGCAGAAAGGCAUCAGCAACCGGCUGGUGGCCAUCGGCAAGUCGGGCCUGCCCCUGCCGGCGCUGAUCCAGCCGGAGGCACUGCCCGAGCUCCCCACGCCCGCCGUGCGACGCUUGGCAGCCGCCGUGGACGGCGCCAUCCGCCGCUACUACGCCAUCAACACGCAUCCGGGAUGCAUGAGGCUCGACUCGCCCGACUUCGACCCCGGGGCCAAUGUGGACGACGGCUCGUGCAGCAGCCGCAGCCACGCCAACUUCACCUUCGGGGGCGUCUUCCAGGAAUGUCAGCCUGUGUCCCAACCGGGUGCCAAAAGCCUCUGCGAGACCUACCACAUCCCAAACCCGCUGACUGGCAAAACCUCCUGCCCGGCAAACUACACCGUCAGCUACCUGAGCACCAAGCUGAAGACGUGGAGCCAGGUCGGUCCCGAGUGCCGGCCGCAGUGCCACAGUUGCUGGCUCAUCUUAAAGUGCUGCCCCACUGUGUGCGCCAACCGCGAGCAUCGCCACACCGUGCGCCUGACUGCCUCCUGGUGCGCACCCUCGCGGGGCCUCCGGCUCAACACUGCAGGCUUCCUCUUCGGAGGCCUCUACAGCCCAGGCAAUCCAAACCCAUUCACCGGGUCCCAGAUCUGCCCUUCCCACUUCUACCCGCUGACACUCUUUGGCGACCUCAAGGUAUGUGUCAGUACUGACGCAGAGCUGGGUUCAGCCCAUGCAGUCCCGUUCGGGGGUUUCUUUAGCUGCCAGGCUGGCAACCCCUUAGCUGGCUUCACCAAGGGCCAGAGCCCUGGGAUCCUGAAGGAGGUGUUCUAUCAGGACAGCUCCACAAAAUAUCCCAUGAAAUGCCCAGAAGGGUAUAGUCAACACCAGGCUUACCUCAACGAUGGCUGCCAAGUCCUCUACUGCCUCAAGGCUGGGAUCUUGCUGGACCAGCAGAUGGCAGGUGUCCGCUUACCCCCAUUCAUUCCCCGCCCGCCCUGGCUCAACAACAGCAGAGCCCAAAGGCUCUCUGUCCUGAUUGACUCCAGCCGUCAGCUGUUCUGGGUGAAGCAGAAAGGCUCUGAUCGCUGGCAGCCAGCCAGCAUCAAUGAUCCAUCCCUGUUGGUCAAACUCUUGAGCCAGGCUGACUCUGGACGCAGUGUUUCCGCCACUAUUGGCUCCUGGAUGGGUGCCAUUGUGGCUGUGGUGGUUCUUGCUUUGGGGGCAAACUAUGCCUUCAGGUACUACAAGAAAGGGGGUUUCAAGAGAUCACAGAAGGACAUCGGGGCAGAGGAACAGAAGGCCUAUGGGGCCACAGAAACCCCUACAGGGCCCGGCUCUGUCUUCUGCAAAGAAAAUGGCAAGGAUUCCGUCUAG